GUGCUGUGACCAGCACCCUGACCCAGCGCCCUGCCACGGGGGCAAGAGUGCCCCAAGCCCCCCUCCACCAUGUUCAACCUGAUGAAGAAAGACAAAGAGAAGGAUGGGGCCCGGAAGGAGAAAAAGAAGGAGAAGAAGGAGCGAAUGUCAGCAGCUGAGCUCAAGAGCCUGGAAGAGAUGAGCAUGCGCAGGGGCUUCUUCAACCUCAACCGUGCCUCCAAGCGGGACUCCAAGACCCGCCUGGAGAUCUCCAACCCCAUCCCCAUCAAGGUGGCCAGCGGCUCCGAACUGCACCUCACGGACAUCGACUCCGACAGCAACCGGGGCAGUGUCAUCUUGGACUCGGGCCACCUGAGCACGGCCAGCUCCAGUGAUGAUCUCAAGGUGGACGACGGCAACUUCAAGGGCUCGGUGCUGCAGCGGGCGGCCAAGUUUGGCUCCUUGGCCAAGCAGAACUCCCAGGUGAUCGUCAAACGCUUCUCCUUCUCCCAGAAAAGCCGGGAUGAGAGCACCUCGGAGACCUCCACCCCCUCUGAGCACUCGGCAGCCCCCUCCCCGCAGGUGGAGGUGCGCACGCUGGAGACCCCACUUGACAAGCAAGGGGUUCCCCCUGGACAGCCCUGCACCCCUCCCGCCACCUCCUUGCGUGCCAGGGUGCCGGACCGGAGGGUUGAUGGGUCCCUGUGUGUGGGGAAGUCAGAGAGCCCGAAGGAUGUGGCAUCUGCACCCCCGAAACCUGAGCCCCCAAAACCUGAACCCCCGAAAUCUGAAACCCCAAAACCUCAGCCUGCGAAGAGCCCUGAGCCACCUGCUGGAAAAGGGAAGAGCCCAGAGCCGGUGCUGAACGGGGCGGCCGUGAACGGGCUGGAGGGCCCGGCUGCCGAGGCGCAGGAGGACGAGGGCCAGGGCCUGUCCCACCGCAGGGUGGUCCGGGUAGUGCGCAAGGUGGUCCGCAAAGUCCUACCAGGGGAGGACACUGGCAGUGCCAAGGAGCCAGGGCAAGAUGCCAAGUCUCCCGAGCCACUGGACCCCGCCGCCUCCGCCUCGGCACCCAGCCAGGGUCCAGUGGACGAUGCGCCGGCAGCUCCCCUUGGCCCCGUCCCUGCCGCAGCUCAGGCCAAAUCAGAGGAGCAGAUAGCAGCUGAGGAGGCCUGGUACGAGACCGAGAAGGUGUGGCUGGUGCACAGGGAUGGCUUCUCCUUGGGCAGCCAGCUGCGGCCAGAGGCGGGCAGUCCCCUGCCUGAGGGCAAGGUGAAGGUGAAACUGGACCACGAUGGAGCUAUCCUGGAGGUGGAGGAGGAUGAUGUGGAGAAGGCGAACCCCCCAUCGUGCGACCGCGUGGAGGACCUCGCCAGCCUCCUCUACCUCAACGAGUCCAGCGUGCUGCACACGCUGCGGCAGCGCUACGGUGGCAACCUCCUGCACACCUACGCCGGGCCCACCAUGGUCAUCAUCAACCCGCUGAGCUCCCCCUCCAUGUACUCUGAGAAGGUCAUGCACAUGUUCAAGGGGUGCCGCAGGGAGGACACGUCCCCGCACAUCUACGCGGUGGCCCAGGCCGCGUACCGCAGCAUGCUGAUGAGCCGCCAGGACCAGGCCAUCGUGCUGCUGGGCGCCAGCGGCAGCGGGAAGACCACCAACUGCCAGCACCUGGUCCAGUACCUCGCCACCAUCGCCGGCAGCACCGGCAAGGUCUUCUCCGCGGAGAAGUGGCAGGCUCUCUACACCAUCCUGGAGGCUUUUGGCAAUAGCAGCACCAGCAUGAACAGCAACGCCACCCGCUUCUCCCAGAUCAUCUCUCUGGACUUCGACCAGGCUGGGCAGGUGGCAUCUGCCUCCGUACAGACACUGCUGCUGGAGAAGCUGCGUGUGGCCAGGCGCCCGGCCAAAGAGGCCACCUUCAACGUCUUCUACUACCUGCUGGCCUGCUCUGACAGCACCCUGCGGACUGAGCUUCACUUCAACCACCUCGCAGAGAACAACGUCUUUGGCAUUGUGCCCCCCUCCAAGCCAGAGGAAAAGCAGAAGGCGACCCAGCAGUUCAGCAAGCUCCUGGCAGCCAUGAAGGUGAUGGGCAUCUCGGGUGAUGAGCAGAAAGCCUUCUGGCUCAUUCUGGGGGCCAUUUACCACUUGGGAGCUGCUGGGGCCACCAAAGACGCCGACGAAGCUGGGAGGAAGCAGUUUGCACGUCACGAGUGGGCUCAGAAAGCCGCGUACCUGCUGGGCUGCAGCCUGGAGGAGCUCUCCUCUGCCAUCUUCAAGCACCAGCCCAAGGCCACCCUGCAGCGCUCCACCUCCUUCCGGCAGGGCCCUGAUGAGUCCCCCCUGGGGGAUGGUGGAACAGGUCCCAAGCUGACGGCGCUGGAGUGCCUGGAGGGCAUGGCAUCUGGUUUGUACUCCGAGCUCUUCACCCUCCUCAUCUCCCUCCUCAACAGGGCGCUGAAGUCGAGCCAGCACUCGGUGUGCUCGGUGACAGUUGUGGACACCCCCGGGGCGCAGAACCCUGAGCUGGCAGGGCAGAGCCGGGGGGCCACCUUCGAGGAGCUCUGCCACAACUAUGCCCAGGAGCGCCUGCAGCUCCUCUUCCACCAGCGCACCUUCGCCCGCGAGCUGGAGCGAUACAAGGAGGAGAACAUAGAGCUCACCCUGGCUGAUGCUGAGCCCGGCUCCUCUGGCUCCGUAGCUGCUGUAGACCAGUCCUCACACCAGGCACUGGUCCGGUCACUGGCCCGCACAGACGAGGCGCGGGGGCUGCUGUGGCUGCUGGAGGAGGAGGCACUGCAGCCGGGCGGCAACGAGGACACCUUGUUGGAGCGGCUCUUCUCCUACUACGGCCCACAGGAAGGGGGCAAGAAAGGGCACAACCCUCUGCUCCCCAGUGACAAACCCCGACACUUCCUCCUGGGCCACAGCUCGGGGACUAACUGGGUGGAGUACGAUGCCACCGGAUGGCUCAGCUAUGUCAAGCACAACCCAGCCUCCCAAAAUGCCUCUGUCCUGCUGCAGGAGUCCCAGAAGAAGGUGAUCAGCAGCCUCUUUGCCGGCCGUGGCGGGUCGGCGCUGGUGCUGUCGGGUUACCCCGACCACAUGGUGUUUGCGGAGUUCAGGCGGCGCUUCGAUGUCCUGGCCCCACACCUGACCAAGAAACAUGGGCGCAACUACAUCGUGGUGGAUGAGAAGCGGGCAGUGGAGGAGCUCCUGGAGUCGCUGGACCUGGAGAAGAGCAGCUACCACAUGGGCUUGAGCCGGGUGUUUUUCCGGGCUGGAUCACUGGCCAAGCUGGAGGAGCAGCGGGACACGCAAACCAGCAGGAACAUCACCCUCUUCCAGGCAGCGUGCAGGGGCUUCCUGGCACGGCAGCACUUCAAGAAGAGAAAGAUCCAGGAUUUGGCCAUCCGGUGCGUGCAGAAGAACAUCAAGAAGAACAAAGGGGUGAAGGAUUGGCCGUGGUGGAAGCUCUUCACCACUGUGCGGCCCCUCAUCGAGGUGCAGCUCACCGAGGACCAGAUCCGUGGCAAAGACGAAGAGAUCCAGCAGCUGAAGAGCAAACUCGAGAAGGUGGAGAAGGAGCGUAACGAGCUGAGGCUCAACAGCGACCGCCUGGAGAGCAGGAUCACAGAGCUGACAUCGGAGCUGACGGACGAGCGGAACACCGGCGAGUCAGCCUCCCAGCUGCUGGACGCCGAGACAGCCGAGAGGCUGCGGGCUGAGAAGGAGAUGAAGGACCUGCAGGCAAAGUACGAUGCCCUGAAGAAGCAGAUGGAGUCAAUGGAGAUGGAGGUGAUGGAGGCUCGGCUCAUCCGAGCGGCCGAGCUCAACGGGGAGCUCGAUGAUGAUGAUUCAGGCGGCGAAUGGCGGCUGAAAUACGAGCGGGCAGUGCGGGAGAUCGACUUCACCAAGAAACGGAUGCAGCAGGAACUGGAGGACAAGCUGGAGGUGGAGCAGCAGGGCAAGAGGCAGCUGGAGCGGAAGCUGGCCGACCUGCAAGCAGACAGCGAGGAGAGCCAGCGCGCGCUGCAGCAGCUGAAGAAGAAGUGCCAGCGCCUGGCUGCUGAGCUACAGGACACCAAGCUGCACCUCGAGGGACAGCAGGGACGCAACCAUGACCUGGAGAAGAAGCAGAGAAGGUUUGACAGCGAGCUCUCUCAGGCACAUGAGGAGGCACAGAGGGAACGGCUGCAGCGGGAGAAGCUGAGUCGUGAGAAGGAUGUGCUGGUGGCCGAGGUCUUCGGCCUCAAGCAGCUGCUGGAGGACAAGGACUCGGACAUCGCAGGGCUGACGCAGAAGGCGGAGGCACUGGAGGCAGAGCUGCAGGACAUCUCCUCCCAGGAGUCAAAGGACGAAGCCUCCCUAGCCAAGGUGAAGAAACAGCUGAGGGACCUGGAGGCGAAGGUCAAAGACCAGGAGGAGGAACUGGAUGAGCAGGCUGGGACCAUCCAGAUGCUGGAGCAGGCGAAGCUGCGGCUGGAGAUGGAGAUGGAGCGGCUGCGGCAGACCCACGCCAAGGAGGUGGAGAGCCGUGACGAGGAGGUGGAGGAGAUCCGGCAGUCGUGCCAGAAGAAGUUGAAGCAGAUGGAAGUGCAGCUGGAAGAGGAGUAUGAGGACAAGCAGAAGGUGCUGAGAGAGAAACGGGAGCUGGAGAGCAAGUUAUCUGCUGUCAGCGAGCAGGCAAACCAGCGGGACUUCGAGACAGAAAAGCGCCUGCGCCGGGACCUGAAGAGAACGAAGGCACUGCUGGCUGAUGCUCAGAUCAUGCUGGACCACCUGAAGAACAACGCACCCAGCAAGAGGGAGAUCACCCAGCUCAAGAACCAGCUGGAGGAGUCGGAGUUCACCUGCGCAGCUGCUGUCAAGGCCCGCAAAUCCAUGGAAGUGGAGAUCGAGGACCUCCAUCUGCAGAUCGACGACCUCUCCAAGGCCAAGGCAGCGCUGGAGGAGCAGCUGAGCCGACUGCAGCGGGAAAAGAAUGAGGUGCAGAGUCGGCUGGAGGAGGACCAGGAGGACAUGAAUGAGCUGAUGAAGAAGCACAAGGCAGCUGUAGCCCAGGCAUCCCGAGACCUGGCACAGAUGAAUGACCUCCAGGCACAGCUGGAGGAGGUCAACAAGGAGAAGCAGGAGCUGCAGGAGAAGCUACAAGGCCUGCAGAGCCAGCUGGAGUUCCUGGAGCAAUCCAUGGUGGACAAGUCGCUGGUGAGCCGGCAAGAAGCCAAGAUCCGCGAGCUGGAGACCAGGCUGGAGUUCGAGCGGACGCAAGUCAAGCGCCUGGAGAGCCUGGCCACGCGGCUGAAGGAGAACAUGGAGAAGCUGACGGAGGAGCGGGAUCAGCGCGCAGCCGCCGAGAACCGGGAGAAGGAGCAGAACAAGCGGCUGCAGCGACAACUCCGUGAUGUCAAGGAGGAGAUGGGCGAGCUGGCCAAGAAGGAGGCAGAGGCCAGCCGCAAGAAGCACGAGCUGGAGAUGGACCUGGAGAGCCUGGAAGCUGCCAACCAGAGCCUGCAGUCAGACCUGAAGCUGGCCUUCAAGCGCAUCGGGGACCUGCAGGCGGCCAUUGAGGAUGAGAUGGAGAGCGACAGCAACGAGGACCUUAUCAACAGCGACGGUGACUCAGAUGUGGACUCAGAGCUGGAGGAGCGCGUGGAUGGGGUGAAGUCUUGGCUCUCCAAGAACAAAGGCUCCUCCAAAGCGCUCUCAGAUGACGGCAGCCUGAAGGGCAGCAGGUGGGUGCAGGGCUGGGUGUGGGGCAGAGGAUGGGAUGAGCUGUGCUGGGACAUGGCUGGGGGUGGCUGGGCACUUGUGGGAUGUGGCGCUCGGUGCCGUGUUCCUGCGUGGUGCUUGUGUGGUUGGCCAGGGAAGGGUUACAGCUCGGGCUCCUCUGAGGAAGAGGAGGAGCGGAAGAAGAAGAGCGCCAAGAAGCGCGCCAAGAAAUCCAAGAAGAAAUCCAAAAAGAAGAAGAAGAAGCAGGAGUCAUCAUCUGACUCCAGUUCCUCCUCCGAGUCCUCCUCUGGCUCCACCAGCUCCUACCGCAGCACUUCCAGUGUCAAGAAGGGCCCGCGGGCGGCGGGGGGCGAGGAGCCGACACGUCCUGCCCGGGGCAAGAAGGAGGAGAAGCAACGGAAGAAGCAGGUGGACAGCCUGAUGAUGAAGUACCUGUACCGGCCCGAGAGCGACUGAGGCAGGAGGUGGGAGCGGUGUGUGCCGUGCAGCAUGAACCUCCCCGUGUGCCACUAACCACUCGCCCUAACCCUCUCCUGACUCCGGACAUGGAGUCCACCUCCGCCAGCAUGGGGCACC